CCUGCCAGUCACUGUGCAGAGCUGAUCGAUGGCAGGCGGCUGCAGCGAUCACCGAGCUAUCGAGCGCGCGGGAGCAGCGGCGGGUUACACCUUCUGCAGCGUUAGCAGCCUGGUGGAGGACCGCGAUGGCAGCUCAGAUGACUGAUGCUCAUCGACGGUUCCUGCAGGUCCUGAUGUCCCACGGGAUAAUGGAAGGAUCAGUGGCUAGGAAGUUACACCGACGCUGCUGUGAAAUCCAUAAAGUUUACUAUGCCCAUGACAAACUGGAUGAUUUCAUCAGCACUAUCAACAGGCACCUGCAGCCCCUGUUCAUGCAGGUCCGGAAGGGGCUGUCGGAGAGCGACGGGAGGGCACAUUAUGCCUUGGUGAAUUUGGCAGAAACUGAAAUAACUAAAAUGGCAUCUGACUAUGCAGAAAAUGAACUGGAACUGUUCAGAAAAACAAUGGACCUAAUAAUAUUUUCAGAAAAUGGCUUUGCCUCUUCUACAGAUAUUUUAAACUUGGCUGACCAACUUCAGACUAAGAAAAUGAAGAAGAAGGAAGCAGAACAGCUGCUGAAAGUUUUUGUGGAUGAUAAGUGGCUCUCUGAGAGAGAUGGAGAAUACACUCUGCAUACUCGCUGCAUCAUCGAGAUGGAACAGUACAUUCUCAGCAACUACCAAGAUGUGGCAAGGAAGUGCAACAUCUGUCACAGCCUUGCCAUCCAGAGCCAAAUGUGUGAAUCCUGUGGAAUUAGAAUGCAUUUGCCUUGUGUCAGAAAGUACUUCAGAGCUCAGACUGAACCACGCUGCCCUCAGUGCAACGAUUUCUGGCCUUUUGACACCUCAGGUACAAGUCCAGUAGACUCCCCCUCACCAUCCAAAACAGGGAGAGCAGAAAAGAGCUUCACUCUCGGCUCAAGAUGAUGCCAGUCAAAUUUCCCCACUCCUACAGUUUAGCCAGACCUUAAGAUGGCAUUCACUAGUAAGAGGGCAUUGUUCAGUGUGCCUGGUGUUCCCUGAAGUGUUAAUUAUCUCACAAUAAAACUAUCAUUACCUUCCUCUUCUCCUGCAGUUCCAUCUGCACAGUAUUUGAAGCUGCUUUGUGUAGAGUUCUUCACGCUCCAGGGCUG